AUGGACCCGGCGGGGCCUUCCGCGCCCGAGUCGACCCACGGCGCCAGCUGGUCCGAGGCCCAGGCCGGGCGGGACACAGUCCCGCUCCCGACCGGUGUCUUCCAGGUUGCAGAAAGGUUGCAAAAAAGGAUAUGCGCGCUCUGCCCCAAAGACCUCGAGUGUAGUGUCCUGUACUUUGCACAGUCAGAGAAUAUAGCUGCUCAUGAAAACUGUUUGCUGUAUUCCUCGGCACUUGUGGAAUGUGAGGACCAUGAUUCAUGUAAUAAUGAUAGAAAUUUUGAUGUGGAAUCAGUAAAGAAAGAAAUCAAGAGAGGAAGGAAGUUGAAAUGCACGUAUUGUGGGAAAAAAGGAGCCACCGUGGGAUGUGACUUAAAAUCCUGUUCCAAGAAUUACCACUUUUUCUGUGCCAAGAAUGACCACGCAGUUCUGCAAGCUGAUGGACAUAAAGGAAUUUAUAAAGUGUUUUGCCAACAACAUGCUGACCCUGAAAAUGGUCUGCCAUCGGUGAAGCCUUUAUCUGGGGUCUUCCAUUCUCACUACAGUGAGCAGACCAAACCAAGACAUGCCCACUUUUCAGGAGUGAAAAGAAAAAGAGGAAAGAGGAAAUGUCUCUCAACAGGCAAUCAUGUACAGCCACCUCAGAGAAUGGCACUGAAGAAGGAAAAGGGCAGCAGACACACAGAUGCAAUUGUGAAAGCUGCUUUUCUCAAGAAAUGUAAAGAAGCAGGGCUUCUUGAUGCUUUAUUUGAAGAAAUAUUAGACAAACUUCAUUUGAUUCAGGAAAGACUCAUGGAUGAGACCACUGCAGAAUCAGACUAUGAAGAAAUCGGGACUUCACUUUUUGACUGUAGACUGUUUGAAGACACGCUUGUAAACUUUCAAGCAGCAGUAGAGAAUCAAAUUCAUGAAUCUGAAGACAGGCGACGGCAGCUGAAGGAAGAGAUUGAGCUACUUCAGGACUUAAAACAAACCCUGUGCUCUGGGCUUCAGUCAAGUUCCACUUCAGAUUCUUCUUUGUCUUCUUAA